UAAAUACAUUGAAUUCUAAAAAAAAAGCCAUGGCCCAUGUUGGACUCCGUUUCUCACAGGCCUUGGGGGGACUGAUGAACUUCGGCCUCUGGUUCUUUUUCCGCUAGCCUUGUGGUCAUCGUUUUCCGUGCGGUUAUUACAGAAUAUUGAGCAGCAUUCACAGGUGAAUCUUAACAUGGAAAGUGUCUCACUAUGUUUAUGAAAUACAGUAAAAGAAGAUACAAGUCUUGUUUCAAUGGGGAGCAUGUCCGUGGAGCUCCUCAUGCUGUCAUACCAGAAGUGGAAUUCCCUGAUCAAUUCUUUACAGUUCUAACCAUGGACCAUGAAUUGGUGACAUUCAGGGAUGUGGUCAUCAGCUUCUCUCAGGAGGAAUGGGAGUAUCUGGAUUCUGCUCAGAGGGACUUGUACUGGGAUGUGAUGAUGGAAAAUUACAGCAACUUGGUCUCACUGGACUUGGAAUCCAAGUAUGACAAAAAGACUUUAUUUACAGAGAAGUACAUUAUUGAAAAAAAUGAUUCUCAGUGGGAAGUAAUAGAAAGUAGUAAAUUAGUUGGCCUUGAGAACUCCAUUGUCAGAAAUGAUUGGCAAAGCAAAAGGAAGAUUGAAGUACAAAGACCUGAAGUGGGAUAUUUCAGUCAAAUGAAAAUCAUCUCUGAAAAAGUGCCCAAUUACAAAAAUCAUAAAUCUCUUAUAUUACAUCAGAGAAUUCAUGAUAGUGAGAAGCCCUGUAAGGAAUAUGGGAAGGUCCUUAGUUGUGACUUAAACUUUGAUGAAUAUGAGAAAAUAUAUACUGGUGAGAAAACCUCUGAAUGUAGUAGAUAUUGGAAAACCUUUGGAGUAGAUGACCCAUAUACCCUACAACUGAAUAUUCAUACUGGUGUGAAACCUUGUAAAUGUAUGGAAUGUGGGAAUGCAUUUAGUUUUUAUGAAGACUGUAGUGUACACUGUGAUGAUCAGAAGUGCUAUAAAUGUAAGCAAUAUGGAAGGACUUUUAGAAGAAUUGAAAAAAUCACUCCACUUCAAAGAAUUCAUGACGGUGAGAAACCCUAUGAAUGCACUUUCUGUAGGAAAUCAUUUAGAGUGCAUGCACAACUUACUAGACAUCAGAAAAUCCAUACUGAUGAGAAACCUUACAAAUGUAUGGAAUGUGGCAAGGACUUUAGAUUUCAUUCACAACUAACUGAACAUCAGAGAAUUCAUACUGGUGAGAAGCCAUACAAAUGUGUACAAUGUGAGAAGGUCUUUAGAAUUAGUUCACAGCUUAUUGAACAUCAGAGAAUUCAUACUGGUGAGAAACCUUAUGCAUGUAAAGAAUGUGGGAAGACUUUUGGGGUCUGUCGUGAACUUGCUCGACAUCAGAGAAUUCAUAGUGGUAAGAAACCCUAUGAAUGCAAAGCAUGUGGAAAGGUCUUUAGAAACAGUUCAUCCCUGACUAGACAUCAGAGAAUUCAUACUGGUGAGAAACCAUAUAAAUGUAAGGAAUGUGGGAAAGCUUUUGGAGUAGGUAGUGAACUUACGCGACAUCAGAGAAUUCACAGUGGUCAGAAACCUUAUGAAUGUAAAGUGUGUGGAAAGUUCUUUAGACUUACUUCAGCCCUUAUUCAACAUCAGAGAAUUCAUAGUGGUGAGAAACCUUAUGAAUGUAAGGUAUGUGAGAAGGCCUUUAGACACAGUUCAGCCCUUACUGAACAUCAGAGAAUUCAUACUGGAGAGAAACCUUAUGAAUGCAAGGCAUGUGGGAAGGCCUUUAGACAUAGUUCAUCCUUUACAAAACAUCAGAGAAUUCAUAAUAGUAAGAAACCCUAUGAAUGUAAGGAAUGUGGGAAUGCCUUUAGAGUGGGCAGGCAACUUACUUGAUAUUGAACAAGUUGUACUGGUGAGAAGACUUUUGAAUGCUGGGAAUGCUCGCCAGCCUGGAGAACAAGGCUACAAGUGACACCUGCUCAAAGAAUUAUUAUUGGAGAGAAACCAUAUGAAUUUACUGAAUGUGGAAAAGCUUUCAUCCAUGUCACAUAUCUCCUUCAGCAUGAUCAAAUUCAUGCUGGAGAGAAACCUUAUGAAUGUAAUGAAUGUGGAAAAACAUUUAGCCUGAAGCAAAACCUCAUAGAGCAUACGAAAAUGCAUACUGGAGAGAAAUCACAUGAAUGUAAUGAAUGUGGUAAAGAAUUCUCUCGAGUCUCAUCCCUCACUCUACAUUUGAGAAGUCAUACAGGAAAGAAACCAUAUAAAUGUAAUAAAUGUGGAAAAGCCUUCAGCCAGAAGGGAAACUUGCUUACUCAUCAAAAACAUCAUACUGGAGAGAAAACUUAUGAAUGUGGGAAAGCUUCUAUUCAGAUGCCAAGCCUUAUUAAACACCAGAGAAAUCAUAUUGGAAACAAACCCUAUGUAUGUAAGGAAUGUGGCAAAGCCUUCAAUGGCAAAUCAUAUCUCUCUGAGCAUGAGAAAAUUCAUAAAGGAGAGAAACCAUUUGAAUGUAAUCAAUGUGGAAGAGCCUUCAGCCAGAAGCAAUACCUCGUUAAACAUCAGAAUAUCCAUAGUGGAAAGAAACCCUUUAAAUGUAAUGAGUGUGGAAAAGCCUUUAGCCAGAAGGAAAACCUCAUUAUCCAUCAAAGAAUUCAUACUGGUGAGAAACCUUAUGAAUGUAAAGGGUGUGGGAAAGCUUUCAUUCAGAAGUCAAGCCUCAUUAGACACCAGAGAAGUCAUACAGGAGAGAAACCUUAUAUAUGUAAGGAAUGUGGAAAAGCCUUCAGUGGGAAAUCAAACCUCACUGAGCAUGAGAAAAUUCAUAUUGGAGAGAAACCCUAUAAAUGUAAUGAAUGUGGAACAAUCUUUAGGCAGAAGCAGUACCUCAUUAAACAUCACAAUAUUCAUACAGGAGAGAAACCCUAUGAAUGUAAUAAAUGUGGAAAAGCCUUCUCUCGAAUCACAUCUCUCAUUGUACAUGUGAGAAUUCAUACAGGUGAUAAGCCUUAUGAAUGUAAAAUAUGUGGGAAAGCCUUCUGUCAAAGCUCAUCUCUUACUGUACAUAUGAGAAGCCAUACGGGUGAGAAGCCCUAUGGUUGUAAUGAAUGUGGGAAAGCCUUCUCUCAGUUCUCAACUCUUGCUCUGCAUAUGAGAAUCCACACUGGAGAAAAACCUUAUCAGUGUAAUGAAUGUGGGAAAGCUUUUAGCCAGAAGUCACAUCAUAUUAGACACCAGAGAAUUCAUACUCAUUAAAACUCUAUGAACGCCUUGAAUUUGGGAACACCUUCAAGAGAAUUCAUAUUAAACAGUAUAUCAGAAAAUUCAUUUUACAGUAAAGUCACAUGAAUGUGGAAAAUCCUUCAGCAACAGCUCAAAAUGUAAUGUACUGAGAAUUUAAUAACUAUCACACUAUCAUGAAAACCUACACCCCCAAGACCCCCACAACAAACAUUGUUCCUGCUGUACUUUUAGGAGCAUUCUCAUUAAAGUAAGGAUCCAGUCAUGGACACUAAUCAACAUGGUUCUGGAAGGCCUACCUGAUGCAUUCAGACAAAGAUAUGUGAGAUGGGUUGCCAGUUAUACAAGCACAAUUUGUUAAAAUAAUCCAGCAGCCAGUUUAGCAGCAAGUCACACAGCUCUGACACCUGCAUGUCCACCAGAAGCAAUCACAGAUUUGAACUAGCAAUCAAAAAAAGAGAGAGGGAGAGCAGAAUAAGCUUUAACCUAGCAUUAGGUUUAUUAUUAGAUUUGUCCUGACAAGAAAAUGUCUUCACAGCAUGUUCACCAGACAGUCCUGCAACUACCCAAGCAAGCACAGCUUCCACUACUUCAGCACUGCACAGAGGAGAAAAGAUCAAAAUGGGCGUGGUUCACCUCAGCACUGGGAAACAUUAACAUUCUCAUCCAGCACAUUUUAUAAUAAUCAACCAGGGCAUCUGCACAGUGUGCCACCAUCACAUGGGGCACACUCACUUGUAACAAUGAUAAUCAUUUAAGCACAGAGAAGCCACUGCCUUGGUUUCCCAAGAUUUGUGAUGCCUUAGUUAUAUAGACUGUCAAUGUCUACAUGCCAGUUAACAGUUCACCCCAUCCAGAUACAGGCAGGUGAGAGAUUUACAGUGGUAUUUUCUUCAAGGAAACUGUGGUAGAAAGGCAAAUCUAAAAUCAUCUUUCCAGAGAUGAGUCAGUGGGAAAGACCUGUUCUUAAUCCUUUACUGAUACCACACUUUUCCUACUCAACUAAAACUUUGCUAUGUAAUCCUUUAACCAUAUCUUUUCUUCAACUUAAACUGCCUUAUAUUUUGAUUUAUACCAAGACCUAUUUCUAUAUUCUCUUGCUUCAUUAAUCUGUUUUUCUAUUCCUAUACUAACCAUAUUAAUUGAUAACAGCCUUAUUUUAUUUUGAUACUGAGUAUUACAGCAAAUCCCCCACUCCGUUUUUCAGUUUUAUUGGCUAAUUAAUUUUCUUUCUAUAUAAAUUAAGAUAGUUUUCUCAAAGAUAGUUUUCUCAAAUUACAAAAACCCUUUGAUAUUCUAAUUGGAAUUACAUUAAAUUUAUACACUUACUUUGGGAGAAAUGACAUUUAUGAUACUGUCUUUCUGUCCCAAAACAUAGUAUGCCUUUGCAUUUGUUCAAAUUGUGAUUCACGUCCUUCAGCAUGAGGAUUCUGAACAAAGUAAUUUGAAGCCCAUUGCUGCUUAAUACCAUUAUAUUAAAGAUUUUUGUUCGGUGAAUAAGGAAAUCCCCCCUCCACCCCAGCCCAGAAUUCAUGUGUGGAAGCCCUAAUCUGCAAUGUGAUGGUAUUUGGAGAUGGGGCCUUAGGGAGAUUAAUUAGUUUUAGAUUAGGUCAUGAGGGUGGCACACUUAUGAUGGGAGUAGUGCCCUUAUAAGGAAUGCCUCGUGUAUGCACCAAGCACACAGACAGCAGCUGUCUACAACCCAGGAAAUGGACCUUCACCAAAUCUGCCAGCACUUUGCUAUUGGGACUUCUUAGCCUCUAGAACUGUGAGAAAUAAAUGUUUGUUGUUUAAGCCACCCAGUCUAUGGUAUUUUGUUAUAGUAGCUCAAGCUAAGACAGUCCCCUUCCAGCUUAAUUCUACCCCAGCCAG